CCCCUCUGCAAACAGUCACAUUCAAGAGCUCAAGCCAAAGAGACACUCGAGCGGACCAGCGCAGCCAUAGCAGGAAAGCAGAAACAGCAUUAACAGCAGCCUCAGCACCGGCCAAAGCAGCAAAAGCAAAGGCAGCGGCAGCAAAAGCAGCAGCACAGCAAACCGAUUCCCAGCUUCAGACUUCAGUGGCCAACAGCCAGCUAAAUAUCCACGUUCGUGCGUCGGUUUUUUGUGGCCAAAUCGGUGCGGCAGAAAAUAAAUAUCACACACAACAAAAAAAAAAAAGAAAAGAAAUAGAAUCAUAACAAAAAUAGUAAAAUAGAGAUAUAUCUCGGCUUUUAUAUGAUCGUCCCACGCAAAUAAUUAAAUCACAGUGUUUACAAACAACGCUUAGAGGCGAAAGCCAAAGCAGAACCCUCCAACAAGUGACAAGUGCCCCAGUGCUCUCGUUCAAAAAAUGCCAGAAAUAUGCAAAUUAAAGCAGUGAUAGUGCACUGAAAAGCCAGUCCUGAUCGCAUAAGGCCGCCUUUGAAAGACCUCCUUUUUGAUUUUUCGUUUUGACUAACGCGUCCCAGAACGCGUUGCCUUUUCCAUCGAUCCACCAGAGGGCAGCGCGUCCGAAAGCCGGCAACAUAACGGCGCAACUAUUGAACAGCUUCCUGAAGGGUAGUCCCCACCAGACCACCAUUGACAUCAUGCAGAAGCUCUACGCGGAGCCGCCGCCGAGCAGUGCUCCGGUGAGCAUGGCCAGCUCCGGCGGUGGCGGUGGUCCUCCAUCGGGCGGGGGAGGCGGAGGAGGAGGCGGUGGCCCACCACCGCCCAGCAACAACAACCCGAAUCCGACGAGCAACGGUGGCAGCAUGAGUCCCCUGGCCCGAUCCGCCUACACAAUGAACAGCAUGGGCAUACCGGUGGGCGGCAUGUCGUCCGUCUCGCCCCAGGCGGCGGCCACCUUCAGCUCCAGCGUCCUGGACUCGGCCGCGGCGGUGGCCAGCAUGAGUGCCAGCAUGAGCGCCAGCAUGAAUGCCAGCAUGAACGGCAGCAUGGGUGCGGCGGCCAUGAACUCGAUGGGCGGCAACUGUAUGACCCCCAGUUCGAUGAGCUACGCCAGCAUGGGAUCCCCGCUCGGCAACAUGGGCGGCUGCAUGGCCAUGUCGGCGGCCAGUAUGUCCGCGGCGGGCCUAAGCGGCACCUAUGGAGCCAUGCCGCCGGGUUCGCGGGAAAUGGAGACUGGUUCACCCAAUUCCCUGGGCAGAUCGCGGGUGGACAAACCGACCACCUACCGAAGGAGCUAUACGCAUGCCAAGCCGCCGUACAGCUACAUCUCGCUGAUCACCAUGGCCAUCCAGAAUAAUCCCACCAGGAUGCUGACGCUCUCGGAGAUCUACCAGUUCAUCAUGGACCUCUUUCCGUUCUACAGACAGAAUCAGCAGCGCUGGCAGAACUCCAUCAGGCAUUCGCUGAGCUUCAACGAUUGCUUCGUGAAGAUCCCCAGGACGCCGGACAAGCCGGGCAAGGGUUCCUUCUGGACACUGCAUCCGGACUCGGGGAAUAUGUUCGAGAAUGGCUGCUAUCUGCGGCGGCAGAAGAGGUUCAAGGAUGAGAAGAAGGAGGCCAUCAGGCAGCUGCACAAGAGUCCAUCGCACAGCAGUUUGGAGGCCACCAGUCCGGGCAAGAAGGAUCACGAGGAUUCUCAUCAUAUGCACCAUCACCACCACAGCCGGCUGGAUCACCAUCAGCACCACAAGGAGGCGGGUGGGGCGUCCAUUGCCGGGGUGAAUGUCCUGAGUGCGGCGCACAGCAAGGAUGCGGAGGCCCUGGCCAUGCUGCAUGCCAACGCGGAACUAUGCCUCAGCCAGCAGCCGCAGCACGUGCCCACCCAUCACCACCACCAGCACCACCAGCUGCAGCAGGAGGAGCUGUCGGCAAUGAUGGCCAACCGGUGCCAUCCGUCGCUGAUCAGCGACUAUCACUCCUCGAUGCAUCCGCUGAAGCAGGAGCCCUCCGGCUACACGCCCUCCAGCCACCCGUUCUCCAUCAACCGCCUGCUGCCCACGGAGUCCAAGGCGGACAUCAAGAUGUACGACAUGAGCCAGUACGCCGGCUACAAUGCGCUCAGUCCGCUGACCAACUCACACGCUGCCUUAGGCCAGGACUCGUACUACCAGAGCCUCGGUUAUCAUGCGCCCGCCGGCACCACGAGCUUGUGACAUCACCAAUACCCGCUGGCUUAAGGACGCGCGGAGCAGAUGCUGCGCUCGCAGCAGCAACAGCACCUGCAGCAGCAGCAACAACACCACCUGCAGCAGCAACAGCAGCAGCAGCAACAGCAGCAACAGCAGCAGGCGCAGCAGCAUCAGCAGCUGCAGCAGCAGCAGCAGGCGGCGCAGCAACUGACAUCCGCUUCCAAUACACCAGCAACAUCGGCAGCAGCCAAGGCCAGCGGCAAGGCGGGAUCGGCCUCGGGAUCGGGCUCCGGUUCGGGAUCGGGUUCCGGCUCGGGAUCAGGCUCGAACUACUCACAGAAGCUGCAUCAGCAACAGCAGCAGCAGCAGGCGCAGCAGCAGCAGCAGCAACACCACCAGGCGCAGCAGCAACAGUUGCUGCAGGAGCUGCAGGAGGACUCCUCGAACAUCACCAGCGAUCUGAGCGAGGAGCAACUGCAGCAGCAUCAGGCGGCGCAGCAGCAGUUGUACAACAACUAUCAGCAAUACGCCGCCGCGGCGGGCUACAGAAACUGGAAUCACAGCCUGACUUUCAAUGGAGCCGCCGCCCUGCAGAAUCUGCUGUAGCAAUAGCUAUAGACCCCCGAUCCCGAUCCCAAUCCCAAUCCCCAUCCCGAUCCCAGUACCAGUCUCGAUCUCGACAGGCAGCGGCUUUGUUGCUAGCUGCCAAUUAGCGAGUGCAGUGCCAGUGGCUUUUAGCACCUGACACAUCCCAGUCCACAUCCAAAUCCAAAUCCACAUCCUCAUCCUUUGAGCACGUGAGUCUUCGGCCGCCAACUCGCACUUGUACAUAUACAUAUAUAUAUAUAUAUAUAGGGAGCGCUGCCUUUUGAGUUAGUUGUUCAGUUUCAGUUCCAAUACUAUAUAUAUAUCUACAAACACCAUUCUGUUCCGGGGGAUUAUCAAAUCAAAGAGGAGGACAACGACGGGGAGCGAAAGAAAAAGUGAUGUAGUUCUUUAGCUAUUAAAAAAUCAUAAUAAAUCGACGGUUAAGAUAGAUUUAUUUGGAUGUGAAUAUAUUAGUGGAAGUAAAAUAACCUGGAGAUGUAGAAAACCUAAUUCUGAUUUGUAAAAGAAGCUUUUAUGAAAACAAGGGCUCCGUUCAGACACAUUGUGUCCGUUUUCUCAGUGCCACAAUCUCGUCGGUUGGAGGUUGUAGCAACGGAGGAUGUAGCCGUGGAUGUCGCUGCAGGGGCAGCACUCGCUUGGUUGGCUGGCUGGCUGGAUGGUUCGGGCUCUCUACGUGGACCCCCAUGGACCCGGAUUCCCCUACCCCGAAACCCUCCCCUCCUCCACUCGCUUUGUGCACUGCUUUUUCAUUAUAAUAAUACUUUGUAAUUAGGUUUUCGAAAGUUAAUUAAAAUUCGGUUAUG